AUGUCGGAGACGUCCAUCCAGCUGCAGACCCAGCCGACCGUCGCCGACACGAGCAUCUCGCUCGACGCCGCUGGCCGCCCCGUCCUCGCCCUGCAUGCCCCCUCUCAGGCGCGCAAGCACGCGAGGCACAAGCCCCGGUUCGCUGAGUUCGCGUGCGGGGCCGAUGAGGUCUUCCGCUAUGCCGUCCUCGUCACGAAGGCGGUCGUCCCGAAGGCGUUCUGGGGCAGCGACUAUAACCUCGGGGUCGCGAUGCAACGUGCGUGCCUUUUUCUGCUUGCUCCGUGCUUCCAGCUUGUGAAGCUCAAGGCUCGACGGGCGGGCGGGCUGCAGACGUCAAGCAUAUGA